AAAUAUAAAUGUCAAACUGUCCUGCUUGUGGAAUAACCUCAAUUUGUUUAAUCAGCAUUCAGUUUGUGAAAAAGUUCCUAUAGGAAUAUUAGUUUGGAAAAGAUAAUGGCCUUACGGGUUACUCAUUUUUGGAGAUGUGGUAAAUUACUGAAUGAAAAUAUUCAGUUGAUGUCCAGGUCAUUGUUGACUUCCAAUCUGAGAUGUAAUACUGCUGCGGAAAAAGAAAAAUCAUCUGAAGCACAGGCUCCCCCAGUGGCUGAAGGAAAAUCUGAUGAAUUGGGUGAUAAACUUAAUGCUUCUGUUGAAGAUCUGAAUAAGAAAGUGUUAGAUCUUACAGAGAAAAAUAAUGAUUUAAUGGAUAAAUACAAAAGGGCUCUUGCAGAUGGUGAGAAUAUGAGGCAACGUUUAACAAAACAAAUAGCAGAUGCCAAAAUAUUUGGGAUUCAAAGUUUCUGCAAAGAUCUCUUAGAUGUAGCAGAUGUUUUAGCUAAAGCUACUGAAACUGUACCAAAAAAUGAACUAAAUGAAAAAAAUCCACACUUGAAAUCCUUAUAUGAGGGACUUGUUAUGACAGAAGCUCAGAUGAAAACUGUUUUUAAGAGAUAUGGUCUUGAACCAGUCAAUCCUGUAAAUGAAAAAUUUGACCCAAAUUACCAUGAAGCCCUUUUCCAACAAGAAGUAGAAGGGAAGGAACCUGGAACUGUUGUUGUAGUAUCAAAGAUUGGUUAUAAACUCCAUGAUAGAGUGCUUAGACCAGCACUUGUAGGUGUAUCCAAAUAGAUUAAUUGUGUUUAAAAAUGUACUUCUUUAUUUCACUUUUUGUUACUUUUAUGUUGAAAUAAAAUAUAUAUGUAUAUAAAA